AUGGAUCGCGCGUGUUGGAUCGCGUAUGUUGGAUCGCGUGUUGGAUCGCAUGUUGGAUCGCAUGUUGGAUCGCGUGUUGGAUCGCGUGUUGGAUUGCUCGUUGGAUUGCGUGUUGGAUUAGAUGCUGUGCUGUGUGAUGCUGUGCGGUGUGAUGCUGUGCUGUGUGAUGCUGUGCUGUGUGAUGCUGUGCUGUGUGAUGCUGUGCGGUGGGAUGCUGUGCUGUGUGAUGCUGCGCUGUGUGAUGCUGUGCUGUGUGAUGCUGUGCUGUGUGAUGCUGUGCUGUGUGAUGCUGUGCUGUGUGAUGCUGUGUGGUGUGAUGCUGUGCUGUGUGAUGCUGUGCGGUGUGAUGCUGUGCUGUGUGAUGCUGUGCUGUGUGAUGCUGUGCUGUGUGAUGCUGUGCGGUGUGAUGCUGUGCUGUGUGAUGCUGUGCGGUGUGAUGCUGUGCUGUGUGAUGCUGUGCUGUGUGAUGAUGCUGUGCUGUGUGAUGCUGUGCUGUGUAAUGCUGUGCGGUGUGAUGCUGUGCUGUGUGAUGCUGUGCGGUGUGAUGCUGUGCUGUGUGAUGCUGUGCAGUGUGAUGCUGUGCUGUGUGAUGCUGUGCUGUGUGAUGCUGUGCGGUGUGAUGCUGUGCUGUGUGAUGCUGUGCAGUGUGAUGCUGUGCUGUGUGAUGCUGUGCUGUGUGAUGCUGUGCGGUGUGAUGCUGUGCGGUGUGAUGCUGUGCUGUGUGAUGCUCUGUUCUCCGUCUCCGCGCUGCCCUCCAGCACGAGCCCUCGGGCGCGCGAGAGAGUGAGCGUCUCGUGCACGAAGCCAUGCGCGUUCACAAAGGCGCUGAUGGCGCCCUCCGUGCUCAUGCACACCAUGUCGCUGCGCCUCGCCACCCGACACUGCCUCUCGCAUAGGAGGGGGGGGAGGGGAGGAGAGGGGGAUGGAAGGAGACGUGUGGGGAGGAUGCGGUGGCGGCAGGUCACACGCGCACUGCACUGUGCCUGCACGCCAUUUGAGAGCAGGGAGGCGUUUCAAUGCGCAGACAACGGAGGAAAUGGGAAGACGAGGGAGGGAGAGGAAAGUUGA